CCGCGCGGAGGUUGCCGCGGUGACGGGCGGCGGGCGCGCCGUGCCCGCGGGAGGGACGCGCGUCCCGCGGGAGCGAUGGAGCCGAGCCUGGCACGCGUGGAUUACCUGCAGGUGGGAGUCACGGCGCAGAAGACGAUGAGGCUGCUGCCCGCCUCCGGGAAGAAGGCCACGCAGAAGGUGGUUGUUGGAGAUCAGGAUGGGGUCGUUACAUGUUUUGGCAUAAAAAAGGGAGAAGCUGUGCCAGUAUUCAAGACACUGCCAGGACAAAAGAUCUCCAGACUGGAGCUGGGAGGAGCUCUUAAUACACCACAAGAGAAAAUUUUUGUGGCUGUAGGAUCUGAAGUCAGAGGUUUCACAAAAAGAGGGAAGCAGUUUCUUUCCUUUGAAACUAACCUUACUGAAAGCAUCAAAGCUAUGUACAUUUCAGGAGCAGAUCUCUUUCUCUGUGCAAGCUACAUCUAUAACCAUUACUGUGACUGCAAGGACCAGCACUACUUCCUAUCAGGAGAUAAAAUCAAUGAUGUUCUCUGCCUUCCUGUAGACAAAGUGAACUGCAUCACACCAGUGCUGGCGUGUCAGGACAGAGUCCUCAGGGUGUUACAGGGAUCUGAUUUGCUGUAUGAAGUAGAACUUCCUGGACCACCUACGGUUCUUGCUCUGAGCAAUGGAAAUGGGGGUGAUUCUGGGGAAGAAGUUGUUUAUGGGACUUCUGAUGGGAAAUUGGGUCUCACCCAGAUUACUGGUACCAAGGCAAUACCAAGGUGGGAAAUUGGAAAUGAAAAGAAGAGAGGAGGUAUUCUGUGUAUUGAUAGUUUUGACAUUCUGGGAGAUGGAGUUAAGGAAUUACUUGUUGGACGAGAUGAUGGAAUGAUAGAGAUUUAUAACUUUGAGAGUGCUGAUGAUCCUGUGCUUCGACACGAUUAUGCUUUAUCAGAGAGCAUUGCAUCAAUCCAGGGUGGCUGUGUGGGAAAAGAUGGCUAUGAUGAAAUUUUAGCAGCAACAUACUCAGGCUGGCUGACAGGACUGACUACAGAACCUGUCCAUAGAGAAGGUGGAUCAGGUGAAGAACUAAAAUUAAGUCAAGAAAUGCAGAGCAAGAUUUCAUCCUUAAGGAACGAAUUGGAACAAUUGCAGAUAAAAGUACAUCAGGAGCGGGAGAAAUACCAGCAGUCCUCUCAAUCCAGCACUGCAGUUUCCUCAGUACCUGCCUUCAGUGUGAAUGACAAAUUCACACUGAACAAGGAUGAUGCCAGCUACAGCCUCAUCUUGGAGGUGCAGACAGCCAUAGAUAAUGUCCUGGUGCAGAGUGACGUCCCACUAGACUUGCUGGACGUGGAUAAAAAUUCUGCUGUUGUUAGUUUUAGCAGCUGUGACUCUGAGCCAAAUAGCAACUUUCUUCUUGCAACUUACAGAUGCCAAGCAAACACUACAAGACUUGAACUUAAGGUUCGCUCGAUUGAAGGACAGUACGGGACACUUCAGGCAUAUGUAACUCCCAGAAUUCAACCAAAAACCUGUCAAGUUCAUCAAUAUCAAAUUAAGCCACUUUCACUUCACCAGAGAACUCAUUCUAUUGACCAGGACAGGCCCAUGAAUACACUGAUGCUCAAAGGCCAGUUCAGUUUUGCUGAAAUUCACUCCUGGGUUGUGUUUUGCUUGCCUGAGGUGCCUGAAAAGACUCCUGCUGGAGAGUGCAUCACCUUUUAUUUUCAGAACACUUUCCUGGGAACACAGCUUGAAAGUACCUACAGAAAAGGUGAGGGAUAUUUUAAAUCUGACAACAUCUCUACAAUAUCCAUCCUCAAAGAUGUGCUUUCCAAAGAGGCCACCAAAAGGAAGAUUAAUCUCAACAUAUCGUAUGAUGUAAAUGAAGAAUCUGUGAGGCACACAUUAAAGCUUAUCCACCCUAAAUUAGAGUAUCAGCAGCUGCUGGCCAAGAAGGUUCACUUAAUAGAUGCUUUAAGAUUACCUGCUGUUAGCUCUCACCAUUUUAAACUGUCUUUGAGGAAUUACAAGUUCAUGAAGGCAACGUGGACUUCCUGCUCCCAAAAUACCGCAGCAUUUUGGAAGAGGCAGAUCAGCUGCUUGAGGAAUACAAGAGACAACCUGCACAUCUCGAGAGACUUUAUGGUAUGAUCACAGAUCUCUUCAUAGAUAAAUAUAAAUUUAAAGGCACCAAUGUGAAAACCAAAGUUCCUCUCCUUCUGGAAAUUUUGGAUGGCUGUGAUCAAGAUGGAUUGAUCGCUUUUUUUGAUGCUGCCUGACAAGGAAAAAGCAGAGUAAUUUUUCUGCUUUUAACCAAGGCAUUUCAGUAUCAAGUCAAAAACACUUUUUUGUUGUACUGUCGGCUCUUACAUUUUAUUCUUAUUUAUUUUCGUAUUGGAUAUAGUAGUAAACUUCAUACAAAUUUUUGUGUAUGUUAACUGUAUGCAGAGGUUUUAUGUACAGUGUUAAUAGCUCAAGAAAGAUCAGAUGUAAAUACCAAAAAUCCUUUUGGCAAAAACGUUUUCACUACUCUUUAAGAUGACAUGGAGCUGCCUGUCCCCCAGCUGCAAGAAUGGAUGAAGAAACUUGUUUCCAGAGACUUGGACAGAUUUGGAAGAAAUCUGUGUGUUUAAGCUGUACCUUAGUUUUUCCUGUUGUGUUGAGAAUGUAGUGUGAGAAUCUCACCAGACUUGAUGUGGCUGGUGUGUGCAGAGAGGGGGGAACUCUGAAUUUUAGACUGAUGAUAGCUCCAUUUAAAGCCACAUUUGUUUAGGAGUGGAUGGCAUUAAACUUCCUCAGUGCUUCUCCA